AUGUCUCAACAAAAUUUCGUCACUCCAGGUCAACAGCGCUACCUCCGCGCCUGCAUGGUCUGCUCCAUCAUCAUGACCUACAGCCGAUUCCGCGACGAAGGCUGUCCCAACUGUGAAGAGUUCCUCCACCUCGCCGGUUCCCAAGACCAGAUCGAAAGCUGCACCUCGCAAGUCUUCGAGGGUGUGAUCACGCUGGCGAACCCGGCGAAGAGCUGGGUCGCGAAGUGGCAACGUCUGGACGGAUAUGUGCCCGGGCUGUACGCGAUUAAGGUGUCGGGGCAGUUACCGGAUGAUAUCAGGCAGAUGAUUGAGGAUGAAUAUCGGAUACAAUAUAUUCCUCGUGAUGGAAGUGCUACUGAGGUGGAUGCUUGA